CCAAAGUCAUUUCCCUUCACCACCCACAAAGCCAUGGCGACCACUUCAUCGACAAAACAAGUCAUUGUCUUCACAAUUUCCCUUCUCUUGGUUGCUUUCCAAGCAGUCCAUGCAGACUAUUACCGUCAGAGGCCACCGGUUACCCCUACCCCUUACGUUCCUAAGCCACGGUACCCACUUCCGAGCCCGAGCCCCAAGCCUGUUUAUCGACCACCUACUACCCCUAGUCUACCCGCUGGCUCAAUCGCUAGACUAUUCCUUGAUCCACAUAACGCUCUUCGGUCCGGACUAGGUUUGCCUCCAUUGAUUUGGGACGGUAAACUAGCGAGCUACGCAACAUGGUGGGCUAACCAGAGGCGUUACGACUGCUCCUUAACCCAUUCCACCGGCCCAUACGGUGAGAACUUGUUCUGGGGAAGCGGCUCGAGCUGGGCACCAGGUUUCGCGGUGCAGUCAUGGAUCGUUGAAGGAAGGUCAUACAACCACAACACCAACUCGUGUGACGGAAGUGGAAUGUGUGGUCACUACACUCAGAUGGUGUGGCGGGACACCAAAAGGCUCGGAUGCGCACGUGUGGUGUGUGAGAACGGUGCCGGAGUUUUCAUCACUUGUAACUACGACCCACCGGGUAACUACGUUGGCGAGAAGCCAUACUAAAAAAACAAAACACAUUAAACGGGGUUUUUGUUUGGUAUUUGAUUUCAUUUAAUAUCUUUUGUAUCUGUUUUCGUUAUAUCUUCGUGAAAUUAAAAUUUCCGACAAAUCUAAUUUGUAUGUAUCAUUGUAUGUUGUUGUUUCCAAUGUCCUCUCGGUCAUGUCCUCAAAAUUUUGUUGAGUGGCCUACUUAUUUAAACAUCGUAAAACAAACAGUCAGAAAAAUUACCAAAGUGUUUGUGUGACGUCACUUUUGAAUCAUUUGAAACUGUGAAACAAAG